AUGCGCGCAGUCGGGAAAGAAGCUUUACGCGCCGGAAUUGGCGUGAUGGAGGAUGUUGAAAACAACACUCCGUUCAGGGAAGCAGUCAAAACGCGGCUCAAGGAAUCGGGCGGAAAUCUUAAAAGAAAAGCCAAAGAAAAUAUAAGUAACUUGAUGAAGGGCUCGGGAUAUAAAACAUCCACGAAAAUACGACCGGAUAUGUCCUUUCUUCAUACCCACUCAAGCGAGUGUUUAAAGAGCGAGCUCGAUCUUUUCAGUUUACCUCCUACUCAAACUAGUAUCGAGAAUUCGCAAUGGGUUUAUUACAAACCGGUGACCUCGCUCGCGGACGACGCGCCUAUAGAAUUCGUCGUACCCGGGCACGGAGAAGAUUAUCUAGAUCUCACGCAUACCAUGCUAAGUCUUCGCGUGCGAGUGGAAAGUUUACCCGAUCCUGGAACAUCGACAGCAGGAGGAGGAGGAGGAGUGGGAGAAGGAGAAGCAGGAGGAAACAAAGUAGGCCCUGUGAAUCUACUACAUUCGAUGUUCAACCAGAUCGACGUGUACUUCAAUCAAAAACUCGUAUCACCCCCAAACAACGCCUACGCGUACCGCGCGUACAUCGAAACAUUGUUAAAUUAUUCUUCACCGGCAAAAACUUCCCAUCUGACUUCCUGUCUAUGGGACACGGACGAACCCGGUUAUAUGGACGCGCUAUUAGAAUCGGACAACCCCAAUCAAGCUCUCGUGAGACGCGCCCGAUACAUCCAAGGAGAACAUUCGGUAGAUCUAAUAGAUUAUCUUCAUUGCGACGUGUUUAAUCAGGAUAAAUUUUUAAUUAACGGAGUGGAGGUUAGAAUGAGACUCGUUUGCUCGAGAGAUGCAUUUUGCCUCAUGGAAAGCAACUCAACGUCGAAAAUACGCAUUCUAGAUGCUAGUUUACUCAUAAGAAGAGCAAAAAUAAGCCCCGCAGUGUUACUCGAACAUGCGAGAAUGCUGAGUAAAACAACCGCCAAGUAUCCUCUGAUGAGUCGAAGUUAA